CUCGCCUCGACUCCCAGUUCUCUCACACACACUUGUCACCUUCCACCCCUGCCACGAGCCUCGACGGAUAAGACACAGCCAGUGCCAGCGCCAGCGCCGCCCCGAUCGAGAGCAAGCUAGGAGGAUGCACCGCGCGGCGAGGAGGCUGAUGUGGGGGGCCAGCCAGCCCGGGACGGACGUCCCCAGCGACCACGACGUGGUCAUCGUGCUCGCCUCGCUGCUCUGCGCCAUGAUCACCGUCCUCUGCAUCGGCCUCGUGGCGCGGUGCGCGUGCGGGCGCGGCCGGGGCAGCAGGCCGCCCGCCGCUGCCAACAGGGGCGUCAAGAAGUCGGUGCUCCGCAAGAUCCCCACCGUGCCGUACGCCGCCGCCGCCGCCGCCGCAUGCGGAGGCGGCGGCGACGGCGAGGAGUCCGGGGAGGCUGCUGCAGCGGAGGAGUGCGCCAUCUGCCUGGCGGAGUUCGAGGAGGGCGAGACCGUGCGCGUGCUGCCCCCCUGCGGCCACGGCUUCCACGCCGCCUGCAUCGACAAGUGGCUGCGCGGGCACUCCACCUGCCCCUCCUGCCGCCGGAUCCUGUCUCUCCGGCUGCCGCCCGGCGAGCGGUGCAGCCGCUGCGGCGCGCGGCCCCGCGCCGGGGACGCCGGCUGGAAGCCGACCCCCUACAGCGCCGUGCCGCCGUUCCUGCCGUAGGCAGCUGCGCACCACCGGCAGAGAUGCUGCUACUGGAGCUAGAACAGGACAAGGACCGGAGGAAUCGACCAACCCAAAAGCAAUUAGCAAACGAUCUGGUUGAAAUCUUCUCGUUCACUGCUAGCAGGAGUAGAUUUUACUAGUGCCUGGUUGGUAAUGCGUAGCAAUCCGGAACUGGGAAUGGGGAAGUCUGAUAAGGUGUUUGCAGGCUUGCAGCCGCGGCGUACUAGCUGUGUACAUUUGUAAAUAUUAUUAGUGGUUUAAUUAAUAUAUAUGCAAUCAGCUUUGGUAAGGAUGAUGAUCUCCGUAUCAUCUUGUUUUGUAA